CUCUAUUUCAAUCUCAUUCCCAAGUUCCAUAACCCGACCCGAGAACGCCCUAGUUCACUAUAUUUUAAUCACUAUGCAAUAAUCCGCUAUAAAAAAAAUCACAUAAUUCAUAAGUUAUUAAUCCAAGACGCGACCAUAUUCUGAUUCAGAAGUUAAUAGUUAUUUGCCCGUUAUCGUCCCUUAUGAUUAUUUUCAAUUAUUUUAAGCAUCCCCAACUAAAAAUCAUGAUUUGGUCACACAUGAAGAAGAAUAAAGAUGAAACCUUUCUCAUAUCCAUUAUUCUUAAAGCUAAUAUCUUCCCAUCUCUAUGGUCCUUCAAUCACGCAACAACUCAUUCAUUCAGCUCCCCACUUCUUAUUACUAAACUGGUGAACACAGUUUCUCAAAUAACCACACAACCUCACUCCCCACAUUAUGUUUAAAAAAAAAAAAACUUUGUAAAACCAAGCUAUAGUUCUCUCCCGUUUCCUGCAAUUCAAACCUGCAGCUAGCUGCUCCACCAACCCAUCUCUCCCGGCGGAAAAAAAUGGCGGCGGCGGCGCCGGUGGCGAUCGGGACACGUGGCACGGUGGGUGCACUGGUGAGGAAAGAGAUCGAGUAUUUUACUGUUGCUUCAGGGAGCCUUCAAGCGCAAGGGAAUUCCAGGAAAAUGGCUUCAAGAAGUGGUAGUGGGAGAUCGUUUUGGCCGUUUAGGAUCCGGUGGGGAAGGAAGAAAGCCGGUGCCGGCGGCGGCGGCGGGCUGCUUCAUCUGGGGAUGUGCUCCGCCGCGGAUGUUGCUCGGGAUGGCAUUGGGAUCUCCGGGAGGUUUGGUUAUCGAGUACUUAAGCAAGAUGAUGACUUUGAUACCUAUCGCUAGAAUGUGUAUGACAUACUUUUGUGUUCGAUUUGUUGAUUGUAUGGGAGUGUAGCAUGCACAAAUUUUGUUCAAGUUUUUUGGGUGGAUGGUAUUUCUAUAAAUCUAUAAGAAACGUGUUCUUCUAAACUCUUAUCAUUUCGCAUGAUUCCAUACAAACUACGAUAAUAUUGAUCAUCGAUCGAGCGUUCUAAUAAUACGACAACGCGAUG